AUGAUUCCCCAGGACACCGAUAUCCGGCCCCGCUCCCACGGGACAGUGCACGGCAGCCACCGGGAACCAUGGCAACGCCGCUUCCUGCGGCCCCCAAACACUGGAGUAACCCACACAAUGCUUUUUCACGAAUCUGUUAGGUUGGAAAGACCGCUGAGAUCAUCGGGUCCAAUCUGUGACCCAACACCACCCGAAAUUCCUCCUGAUGUCCAAACUAAACAUCCCUUGGUGCAGCUUAAGCCCAUCGCCUCUCAUCCUGUCGCUGGUUACGUGGGAGAAGAAGCUCAUCCCCACCUGGCUGCAGCCUCCUUUCAGGUGUCAGGAAACUAUUUGUGCAACCAGUAUGGAACAUCAGGUUCUUUGCCAGGGGAAAAAAAAGAGUUUCUGCAAAAUGGACCAGACUUACAGGACUUUGUCUCUGGAGAUCUGUCAGACAAGAGCACAUGGGCUGAGUAUAAAGGCAAUUUAAAGCGUGAGAAAGGAGAAAGGCUGCAUCUUCCUCCAUGGCUGAAAACAAAGAUUCCCAUGGGAAAGAACUAUAAUAAACUAAAGAAUACCUUGAGAAGUUUAAAUCUUCAUACGGUAUGUGAAGAAGCACGUUGUCCCAACAUUGGAGAAUGCUGGGGAGGUGGGGAAUAUGCCACAGCGACAGCUACUAUUAUGCUGAUGGGUGACACGUGCACCAGAGGCUGCAGAUUUUGUUCAGUAAAGACUGCAAAAAACCCCCCUCCGCUGGAUCCGCAGGAGCCUUACAACACAGCCAAGGCGAUCGCGGAGUGGGGCUUGGACUACGUGGUGCUGACGUCCGUGGACAGAGACGAUAUGCCUGAUGGUGGAGCGGAACACUUUGCAAAGACAGUCUUGCAUCUGAAAGAAAGGAACCCAAAAAUCCUGGUGGAAUGCCUAACUCCUGAUUUCCGAGGGGACCUUAAAGCAGUGGAGAAAGUCGCCUUGUCGGGGCUGGAUGUGUAUGCCCACAACGUGGAGACGGUGCCGGCGCUGCAGAGGAAGGUCCGCGACCCCCGAGCCAACUUUGAGCAGUCAGUCCGUGUGCUGAAACACGCCAAAGAGGUCCAGCCCGGCAUCAUUUCCAAAACCUCCAUUAUGCUGGGGCUAGGCGAGACGGACGAACAAAUAUAUUCCACAAUGAAAUUAUUGCGGGAAGCAGAUGUAGAUUGUUUGACCCUAGGACAGUAUAUGCAACCAACCAAACGUCACCUAAAGGUCGAGGAAUACAUAACUCCCGAGAAGUUUAAGUACUGGGAAAAAAUAGGAAAUGAUCUUGGAUUCCAUUACACUGCUAGUGGGCCUUUAGUGCGUUCCUCCUAUAAAGCAGGUGAAUUCUUCUUGAAGAACUUAGUAGAAAAAAGGAAGACAAAAGCCAUCUGAAAAUGGGAGUGAACCUAUUUAAAGCAGCCAGUUAUAAGAAUCGUUUUUUCAGUGCAUAAUUACACUCAGUUCCAGAAAUGCAGAAGAACAGAUGGUGGCUAUAUGAAUAAACUUACUAUCUUUCCAGAACAAUUUUUCCUCAUCAAAACACAUUAUUUUACCUCAUUUCUCCUGGCAAGGCUACAACAACGGAGUACUUCUAGUGUUCAGCAAAAAGACAGAAGAUAGAACCGAUUUUGAAAGAGUGAUGGAACUGAGGUGGACGAAAUAAACAUAGGCUGGGAACAAAGACUGGGCAGAUUUAUAGAUCUGCUACAACAGUCAACAUUGCUGCAGUGAAUACCUGUGAAGGUGCUGAUACUAAUUUGAAAGGUACUGAUACUUUGGUGUAUUUUACUAUUAUGUAACAUAAGCUUACAGGGGCUCUGGGAACUAUAGGAGUUCUGAACAAAGACUCUGUACAUGAUAAUGCACCAGAUUAGGGCUUUCUUGACCCAGAGCAAGUAUAGAGAUACUCCUUAAAAAGACGGUAUCUCUUACCUGCAUCAGAGAAAAUGAGCUGUACCAUUUUGAGAGCUAAAGCUUUUCCAGAGCUUGCAUGUCUCCAGGUGUGGGCCUUGGUAUAUACAAAGUAUCAAGCUAAAGAAAACAAAAUGUCCUUUCUGGCAAGACAAUUAACCUUGUGUAGAUUUAAUUUAAACCAUUUGGAAAAUCAGAGUUGGUGUAGGAGGAUAUAUUGAACUAAUUUAUGUACAUGACUGUUACAAACCCCACUGAGCUACACAGAUGCUUCUUUAGUACUGAGUAUGCAGAACUGCUGCUAUUCUGUACUGUGCUCCUAUUGCAUGGCUAUUGUCUUGUCAUUAAAGGAAACUUAAAACCCCAGUGGUUGUGUUUGGUGGGUCUGGUUACCUGCCCCUUGAGGCUUGGUCUGGCUGCUAAAUAUGAAUACAGAGAAGCAAACCACAGUGUAGGUGAAACAUGAAAUCUACUGCAUAUCACAUUAAGCUCAAGCAGAAAUAAAAACAUGGCAUAUGGUACAUUAACAGCUCUACUUGCCUCUCUUUACAGCAAUAAUACCAAUGAUUGUCUCUCCCUAAUGCUCAGCUAUGGACAUUAAAUACCAUCUCUGAA